GUUACGGCCGUCUUGGAAUGAUCUUUGCGGAUGUUCAAAACCUAUAAAAUACGUUGAGCUAGCAAUUUGCAAGUAAUCCCAACACAAACGCCGCCACUUUUUUCAACUGUGUUCUAAGAGGCGCAGAGUAAAGAAGAAGAUAUGGAGUCCGCAAAGAAUUACGAAGACACCCAACAACGAACUGAAGAAGAAGAGAACGAUCAGGAGAUGGCUCAACUAGAACUAGGUGAUGAUGAAAACCAAGAAAAAAUUGAAAAUAAAAAUGACGUACUUGGCCCUUCAGCUUCCUUGGAUGAUUCAAAUAUUGAGAAAGAGCCAGAGAAUGUGAGCAAAAAAGGGAGAGAAGUUAAGAGACGGUUGGAGAGUGAUGGCGAAGUGGACUUUGAGUCGGAACCCGCCACGAAUGCUAAAAAGGAGAUGGGUUUUCAAAACAUGACUCAGGUUGGGCAUACAGGAUUAUCAUCUCAGACAAAUCCUCCUGUCAACAUUGAUUUGGGUUCUGGAAGGAAGAGGAAAUCGAGAGGGCUGCAGCAAGGCUACUGUGUUGUCCCAAGUGCCAAGAGAUUUAUCGUUCUCUAUUCCUUCUUGAAGAGGAAACUGUCAAAGAAAGUGAUGGUUUUCUUUUCCUCAUGCAACUCCGUCAAAUACCAUUCUGAACUUCUUAGACACAGCGAGAUCGAUUGCUUUGAUAUCCAUGGCAAGCAAAAGCAGCUGCAACGAACAUCUUACUUUUUAGACUUCUGCAAAGCGGAAAAUGGUAUCUUGUUAUGUAACGAUGUAGCUGCAUGUGGUCUUGAUAUUCCUUCCGUGGAUUGGAUCAUACAAUACGAUCCCCCUUAUGAAUAUAAGGAAUUCAUCGAUAGAGUUUAUAGAACAACAUAUAGAGAAGGUGCCAAAGAAACAAAUGUCUUGCUUUUCCUGAGUCCUGAAGAGUUGCAAUUUUGUCACAAACUAAAGGCUGCAAAAGUGCUUAUGAAUGAGUAUAUAAUCAACGAAAAUAAGCUGGAAAAUGUGCAACCUAACCUGGAAAAGUUGGUUGCCAACAAUGAUUACUUGAAAAAGUUGGCAAAAGAUGCAUAUAAAUCUUACAUAGUAAAGUACAAAUCACAUUGUUUGAAGGAAAUCUUUAAUGUUCGCAAACUUGACCUGAAGGCUGUGACUGCUUCAUUCUGUCUAUGUGACCCUUAAGUAAAUAUAAACAUAGAGUGAAACAAGGAUUAAUCGAAGUUGAAGAGAAGGAAAGAAAGAAGCGGCAAAUUAGUUCAGCACAGGGACACAAAUAGUAGGAAAAAUGAAGACAACUGAAUUUGUGAGAUUAGAAUCUUGGAUUAUGGCACAUGUUAUCUAACUUGAAUUUACAUUACAAUGUAGAACAUGAAUCUUAAUUUAGGCCAGUUAAAAUUUUAUUACUAAUUUUGACCUUGGAAGGUGCAAUAAAAAUGUGCUUUUGAGCUUUA